UGACCCAUCCAAUCAACGCUUAGCGAAAGAACCGUACGGUUGGCCCGGAGCCAGUCCACAGAGCGUAGAUGCGGCCCCCGCAAGCCUCCCGCAUAUAACGGAGGAAGGAUCGCAAGGCCCACGAACAAAUGGCCAUGUAGAGGCGUCAUUCGCCACUAUCUUCUGCUUGCCUUACAAGCUUUAAAGCGAAUGCUUGCGCGGCACUCCCCCUUUUCCUUUACCAUUAUACUGGCGCUCAAGUCGCGCGAAGAAGCCGGUCGAACCUUGGUUUUAUAUGCUACGAGCGUACCUUGGUCCCCGGUCAUCGCAGACCGAAUACUGCACGCGCGGCACAGCAACUGCAUCGGGCAUCAAGAAAAUCUCCGAAUUUCGUACACUUACCUGAGAAGGCUACACCGCGGAGUGCUUUGUGCCGUGGCAUCGAAUUGGCUGUUUCAGGCACUUCUCGAGCGCCUUAUCUGCCAUCGGAGGCAUCCACAUGUGCGAAUCAUCUUAUCCAAAGCUUUCUCCCGCAUUCAUGUCUUCCUAAGGAAAAAAAAUCCCCAAACACGAUAUUGUCUGUUCGGAGGUACUGACUACGCUAGUCUGAGAGGCAACGAUACAUGGGUGCGAGGGCCGAUCGAUCAUGAUAUCGAUCCUAGUCUGGGAGUUUUACUGGGAACAGGACCCUGUAUAAGUGCCAGUUUUAAGACUACAAGCAUUUAGUUCUGACUGAGUCUCACCAUGGUCAACUUCACUUUCGUGUCACAUAAUGGAGCGCGACCGGAGAAGCGCGAGCUGGUCAAAUCGCAUGUUAUGAGAGAGUCACAGAAAAGAAGAAGAGAAGCCAAGCAACGCUAUCGACGUACGCAC